AUGCCCACCUCAGAUGAUCUCAAUCACGCCCAGAAUACGAAGCCUUACUCCUCCUCUCACAUCUCGAUCCAACCCCCCCCCUCCGAUCGCCCCUCCAUCCCUCCGUCCCCCUCACCCACGACCGUAAGUCGCCACGCCACAGCAUCAGUCAUACCUAUACUCCCUUCGCCACUCGCGCCUGCCCUUCACCACUCACGCCUCCCCGCGCUCGAGCCACACCCGAGCUUAGUGCUUACCCCUCAUCCCUCCGUCCCUACGCCACCAGCCAGCCUCGGUAUUCUGUCCUACGACAUCACCCUCAACUCACUCGUAGCGGGUUCUAAACCGGGGACCCAGGCGGACUUGCGGUAG